UGUCACAAGUUAGCUUGCAGCCUCUUGUUUGUUAUUCUUACCUCCUUGCUGCUCCUGCUCAGGCAUUGACAGUUUGCUUAGGCCAUGAGCUCCUCGGAGACACCGCAGCCUCUCCUGGAACAACUUCAGGAUUUGGCGCAGAGAGUCGAUGUCCAGCAGGCCUAUCAAGAACAAAUCAUGCACUGUCUGCAGGAACUCUCCUCCCGGUUGAAUCAGCUACAGGUUGUGUCCACUUCCUCACCCUCUGUUUCUGCCCCUGCUCCGGUUCCUGCAGCUCCACUUUCCGCUGUUUACCCAGUGGAACACUGUCCUUCGAGACUCCAGCUGCCUCCACUGACUCACUUCACUGGUGAUCCCAAAGCUUGUCGGGCUUCGUCAAGCAGUGCUCAAUUCACUUCGAGCUAGCAACCCACCAUUUUUCUACUGACUGUUCCAAGGUGGCGUACAUGAUUUCCCUCCUUUCUUGUGAAGCACUGGCUUGGACCU